GCCGUGUGAUCGUUACAGAAUCAGAGAUCCAAUCUCCAUGACCGUGCAAUGGCUCUGACUCCUUCAUCCCCCUAUCUCCUCCAUUUUCCCCUUCACUCUCCAUCCGCAACAACUCACCACCUCCUCUUCUCCGACCUCGCUUCCAGCUCCAGCUUCUUCCAGUCCCCAUGGGCGCCGUCGCACAAGAGCAAGGUCUCUGCGAUUUCUCCGAUUGUGAUCAAGGAGGCCUCUUUGUCCAGGGUGAAAUGCAUAUCGAAAUCAACGGCGGAGGAGGACCGGUUGAUCGAACGGGAAACCAUAACCAGUUCUGGCGACGGCGACGACCCGAAGGCCCCGCACCAGAGUUCAGUGCCGACCACUGGAUCGAUUGGUCCUCAGAAGGUGUCCACUUCGCUUAGUGAAUCUCUUUCUCUCGGGAUUCGCGAGCCAGUUUACGAGGUGCUAGAGGUAAAGUCAAAUGGGAUGGUAUCCACUAGGAAAAUUAACAGACGCCAAUUAUUGAAAUCAAGUGGCCUUCGUCCACGAGAUAUCCGAAGUGUAGAUCCAUCACUGUUUUUAACAAACUCGAUGCCUUGUUUGCUGGUUCGUGAGCAUGCAAUUCUUUUGAAUCUGGGCUCAUUGCGAGCAAUGGCAAUGCAUGAGUGUGUCUUUAUUUUUGACUAUAACAGUAAAGGAGGGAAGGCCUUCAUAGAAACCUUGCUGCCUCGGUUGGACCCCAAAAACGGGCAUGGAGGACAAUGUAUGCCAUUUGAAAUUGAGGUUGUUGAAGCAGCAUUGCUUUCACGCGUACAGUGUUUGGAGCAGAGAUUAAUCAAUUUGGAACCUCGUGUACAAGCUCUCCUUGAGGUUUUGCCAAACCGAUUAACUGCUGACAUAUUGGAGCAGCUUCGAAUUAGCAAGCAAACAUUGGUUGAAUUGGGCUCAAGGGCUGGGGCUCUCAGACAAUUGUUGCUUGAUCUUUUAGAAGACCCUGAGGAAAUACGUCGUAUUUGUAUAAUGGGAAAAAACUGCACGCUUAAGAAAGGAAAUGAUGAAGUGGAAUGCUCUGUCCUCUUAGAGAAGCAGAUUGCUGAGGAAGAGGAGGAAGAAAUCGAAAUGCUUCUGGAAAAUUAUCUUCAAAGAUGUGAAUCUUGUCAUGGUCAGGCUGAAAGGCUUCUUGACUCUGCAAAAGAAAUGGAAGACUCAAUUGCUGUGAAUUUGAGUUCUCGGAGGCUUGAGGUUAGCAGAGUGGAGUUGCUUCUCCAGGUUGGGACAUUUUGUGUGGCAGUUGGGGCUCUAGUUGCUGGUAUUUUUGGCAUGAACUUGAGGUCCUAUCUUGAAGAACAUGUGUUUGCGUUUUGGCUAACAACAGCUGGGAUAAUUGUUGGUGGUGUUGUCGCAUUCUUCCUCACGUACGCCUAUCUCAAGGCAAGGAAGAUACUGUAAGCCGAAAAUCCUUUCCAUGUGCAGAAUGACAAGAGCGUUCUGUUUCAGCAAAUUGAUAAAAUCAUGCAUGCAAGAGCAUUCAGUUUGCCCAAUGA